AUGUAGUUCUUUAUCACAGGCAGUCUGAGGACGAGACAGAGUUCUUUCUCUUUCUUUCAGUUUCAACGCUUCAUCCUUUCAGUUUCAGUAGAUAACUAGGUACUCAAACUAAUCACAAGUCUUUCAACUCUUAGAAUUUUUAAGGAAAUAUUGACUGACGUACACGAGGGUUAUGAUUCAUUUUCGGUGAAGUGUAUUAACCAUCACCAUGGCAGAUAAUAACACAGAAGUGGCAACUCAAUCUUCCAGUGCAACAGACAUUGACUUACUCAUUAACAGUGAUGCAGCUGCAGAAGAAUUGUCUCAAAAUGGUUUGGAAACUACAAGUGAUAUUAAACAAAUCGAGACUGAAAGUAGAGAGAGUGAAACAGAUGAAGUGAUGAUUCCAUCAAAGGUGAAGAAAAACAGAAAAUGUGCCGUGUUGGAAUCAGACGAUGAUGAUCCAAUGCAAGAGCCUGAGAAAACACUUCCUGAAAAUAUGGAUGAUACAAAUACAAAAGCUCAUUCAGAUGAAACAAGGAUUGAAAAUGAACUACACACAAAUGACUCAAAUCAGUCGGAUGAAGGGAGUGUGAAGAAAAAUAUGAAGCGUUCAAGAAUUAAGCCAGUAUGGAAUUCAGAACACGAAGAUGAUAGUUCUGAUUAUGAAAUGUAUACUAAAACAUCAUUCUCAAAAGAUGGACUUGCUGACAAAAUCAAAAGUAGUCUUUCAGCCAAAUCAGUAAAUAAGAAAAAGCUGAUCAAGAAACAACAAUCAUCAUCUGAGUCAGAAAAUGGCAAUUCAAGUGAUUCUGAAAAUGAAGACAAAGAAACUUCAAAAAUCAAACUUGCUUGGAAUUCAGAAGGAGAUAGUGAUGGUAGUGGUGCAGGAAAUGAUUCAAACAAAGAAAAAAACAACUCUAGUGUUUCUCCUAAAGCUAGAAAAUUGAGAAAGAAACCUGUCGAAGAAAUACAAAAAAUUCACAGCGAAUCUCAACGGAUGGUGCGGGAAUCUACUGUCUGCCUUCCUUAUCACAAACCGAAGCAAAGGAGUCUUUUAGAGUUUUUGAAUCGCAAAAGAGUAAAUAACGAGGACUGCGCUAAACCUUCACCUAGAAAUGUGGGCCCAGUGGUGCAAGUGUUGGAAGAUCGUGUUAAAGAAAUAGAAGAAUUUUUCAAAUCCGAAUCGGAUGAGUCGGAAAAUGAAACUGAAAAAGUUGAUUCUGCUACAGAUCAAGUUCUGUUACACGACAAGGAAGUACUGCCACCAAAUCCAGAGUUGCCGUCAGCGGUCGAUUCGAAUCCGAGUUUGACUAGCGUUGAUAAUGUUCCAGGUGUCGCAGAGAAGAUCUUGCUGGAGUCCGAAAACCCCCAAUCUCCAUCUACGUCGCACAAUGUGGAAAUGAGUUCCCCACUAGAUUCUCUAGAGGAUAUUGAAACAACUAACAACUCUGCUGCCGCUCUCCAAGACAUGGGUAGCGCAAUUGAAGCUGGUUCGAGCAAUUCUGUCGACAAAGCAACACACGAAGUCAAGAGCUCAGCAGAUUUGAUUUCUGACGGUUCCAACGAUUCCUGGCUCGAUUUCUCGUCGGUUUUUUCUCUUAAAGAGAAGGUGGAAAACAUCAAACGACUUUCAAUCGCAAAAGUGAAUAAACCCACGUUACACGGUCGGCCUGGCCAAUUGCUUGAUUUUGAUCUCGAAAGUGAAGCUACACCUGACCAGAAAGAAAAGGUGAAUAACCUUAUAGAGCGCUUUGUACAACAGGUCACUAACACUAAGAAAACACCUAAGAAGAAGGACAUUCAAAUCAGCAUUGUGCAUAAAGUUAUGAACGCCGAUGGACAACUUGAAUUAAAGAGAGAUGUUUUGAGUGUUCCCGUCGAAAAUAAUUCUUCAGAAUGCGCAUCCGCUGGACGUCGUCAACUUCUGAGGGACUCAUUGCGUCAAUCCAUAUCGGCAAAACGGGCUGUUGAUCGCAUGAAAAAAAUUGAAAGUCAGCAAAUCGAAAAUGAAGAUUUUCAUUCAGAUGGAAAACUUGACAGCGAACCAGAAGAAGAGAUAUUAUCCGAUGAACCUGAGACGGAUAUGGACGAGGAUGAAGAUGAAGAAGAUAACGGAUACGAACGCAAGAAAAAGAAGAAAAAGAAGAAGAAUAUGUUUGUUGAUGAAGAAGCCGAAGAUAGUGAUGAAAAUAAUAUGGAAGAUGAUGAAGAAGAUGACGAUCAGGAUGACGAAGAUACAGUCAAAGUGAAGUCUAAGCCUAUUUACCACUCAGCUGGACAGUCUGACGAAGAUGAAACAAGUAAACCUAAUUCACAGUCGGAUGACAUUGUCUCUGCUUCAAAAUCAGAUCUGAAGCUCAGUCUGUCAAAGAGUUCCGGGCGCUUUAGUUCGUUGGAAGGUUUGACUCCUAAUUUAAACGAGAGUGAUGAUAGUUCAGAAGAUCUUAUUCCAAAGUUAAGGGACACUCAACACGAUGAUGCCUCGAAUGUUGAGGAACUACUAGGUCUUUGUUCGGGAAAAUUCACCGAUUCAAUGCCUGGAGGAGACACGCAAAAAAGCCAACUGAAUGAGAUGGUGGAUGACGAAGAUUCUGAGGAAGACUUUAAACCCUUCUCAAGGAUUAUUCCAAUGGACGAUGAUGAUGAAGACAGCAAUGGCAGUCCUCCUAUCAAGUUGCAAAUUGAAAAUGACGAAGAAGAACCUGAAAGUGCUCCAGUGCUAUUGGAUGACGAAGAGGAGAAAUCGAAACCAAAUCGUAGAAAAAGAGCCGUAAUUUGUUUAUCUGAUGAUGAGGAUGAAGAGCGCUCGGCUGUCGACGAAGAAGAAAUGCACGAAGAAGAGCGAGAAUUCCGAGGACUGACUGAUUUUUUUGAAGAUGAGGCUGAAUUGUCGGGCUCUGAAGUUGGAAGUGGCGACGAAAGAGAAGACGAAGUAGAUGAUUGGGAAGAAGAGGAAGGUGAUAAGGAGGAUAUCGAUGAAAAUGAAGUCCGCGAACAAAUAGGAAGAGCCCAUAUGAAAACUUUACUCGACCAAGACCAGCGCGAUGUUCGUCUGUUUCAAGAGCUUUUUCUUGAAGAUGGCGACUUACAUUCUGAUGGCGGAGGAAGGCAAAGACAAUUUCGAUGGAAAAAUGCAGAUGGCGAAGAAACUGAAGAGAAUCGUCCAAAGACUCAAGAAGAAGAAGCCGAAGAAGCUGCUGAAGAACAGGAUGACCUCACUUGGAGAAAAAUGCGCAGCGAAAGAGAAAAAUGGCUUCAGCAACAAAAAUCUCAACAGGAAGAGAAAAAAGAUGUUCCAUUAGUAAUGAAACGUAACGGUAAAAUGGUGAAAGUUAAUACUAAAACCGCUUCGAAUGCAGUCGAAAAAGCCGAUCCCUCCUCAGCUGCUGCUCCUGCGGUUAAUCUCAAGCAAUUCAUUUCUCCCAAGAAAAACAUAGCAGCAACUGUGAGGCGGGGCUCUUUUUUGCGGCGAAGUGAAAAAGAUUUAUCGGCAAUUGCUUCGCUAACCAAGUCCGUGUUACCGGUUCAAGCCCCUAAAGCUGGUUCGAAUUUUGUAUUCGCUUCUAUUACGCCUGAACGACCACCCAUUGAGGAAAGAAGAAAAGUCAAACAAGAGUCUUUGUGCGGUUCAUCGGAUCAAAAUCCAGCACCUGCUAAGAAAGCCAAAGUGUCGUUGAAAGCAAAGAGUAUUUUCUCUUACUUUUAGUUGCUUUUUCGAACAUUACUCUUGUCUGUAAAUCUUAAUCGCAAUCUACAAGUUUUAUGUUAAUUUGAUUCCACGAAUUUUAUGUGAAUUUACAUACUUUAAAUAGAUAACUUCAAUUGA